AUGACGGACAGCGGCAAGUGUGCGUUUGUUCUUGGGAUCGAGCUUUUGGACGGUGAAGAUGGCAGUGUGACACUAUGUCAGCGUCGGUAUGUCGAUGAUAUCCUCAAGCGCUUUGGCAUGGAUGAUUGCAAGGCAGUCGCAAGUUCAGUCGACAUGAGCUCUCGACUUGUUUCAAGUGAUGCAACUACCAAGGUCGAUGCUCCUUUUCGCGAAGCUGUUGGUGCGUUGAUGCACCUGACCACUGCAACGCGUCCGGACAUUGCGUUUGCUGUGGGCUAUGUGUCGCGGUUCAUGGAAAAUCCCCAAGAAGAACACUGGGUUGCAGUUAAGCGUAUCUUUCGCUACCUACAAGGCACCAAGACGCAUGGAAUUUGCUACAAGCCAAGUGCAAGGAUCGACUUCCGUGGAUAUUCGGAUGCGGAUUGGGCUGGUGAUCUUACCGACCGCAAGUCAACAUCGGGGUACACGUUCAUGCUACUCGGUGCGCCAGUCAGUUGGGGCAGCAAGAAGCAGCCAAGUGUUUCGUUGUCCACGAGUGAAGCCGAAUACAUCGCACUCAGCUUGGCGAUUCAAGAGGGCAAGUGGAUUCAUCGUCUGCUUUGUGAGAUCGUGAUGGCUGCCAAUGAAGAAGGACCGGAACUCAUGAUCCAUGAAGACAAUCAGUCGUGUAUCAAGAUGACGAAGAACCCAGUCAACCACGGCCGUGCCAAGCACAUUGAUAUCAAGUACCAUCACAUCCGUGAUGAGGUCAAGCGCGGUGAAGUGAAGCUCAAGUACUGUGAAACUGCGGUGAUGUUAGCGGACAUCAUGACGAAGGGACUUCACGGGCCACGCCACAAGGAGAUGACGGCGACUCUCGGGAUUCGUGAGCAUUCGGAUUGA